AUGUGCUUCAUCUAUGUGACUGAGGAAGGCCCCGUCACCCUUUACAGAGGCCUUGGUGCGGUCCUCGUAGGCGCAGCACCCGCUCAGGGCCUUUACUUUGGUGGCUACGAGACCGCGAAACGCUUCCUAGGUGGAGGACAAAGCGGCAUUGGCAACUUCUCCGCGGGCAUCUUUGCUCAGCUUUGCGGUUCUCUAGCCUGGGUCCCCAUGGAUGUGAUCAAAGAGCGCUUGCAAGUUGAGGGCCAGGUGAAGGUGGCCAACGCAUACACAGGCUCCUUUGAUGCCUUUAGGUAUCGAGCGUUUCCAAUUCACCAAGUGACUUGGGCUCCCUUUAAUGGCUGUUAUUUCAUGGUCUACGAGAAGCUGAAAGGGCUAUGCAUCAAUGCAGGGUACGAAGAUGGGCAUGACAACUUGGAACCCAUCGCCCAAGUGUCCUGUGGCAUAGCUGCUGGAGUUGUGGCAGCGUCCGUAACAAACCCCGUGGACGUUUUGAAGACUCGACUUCAGGUUGCGCGAGCCAAUCCUGCACGCUGGGCACGGUUUGAAGAUGAAAGGGAGAACAAGACAGUGGGCCGUAUGAAAACUUCUGAAGAGGUGCACGGUGCAAGUGUCGAGUCCUUGAUAAGCCAGGAGAUGUUCCCUUACAGCAGUGCUUUGGGUGCCUUGGCCACGGUGGUUGCAACACUGGAGUCACUGGAUGCACCGGCGUUUAAGUGGGUGUGCUUUUGUCAGAGACACACGGCCUAG